AUGGCCAAAAAGAGUUCACAUAAAAGUUCUACAACAGUGUCCGAGUGCCCUGUUGUGGAACAGGAGAAAACCUUAUCGUCUACACCCACAAAAACCGGUAAUGAGAUUGAUCAAAUCUUUGCCGGGAAAAAGAGAAAGAAGCCAGAACAAGUAAAGACGAAGAAGCCGGCAGAAGAUGGAUCUGGAAAAGGGAGUACAAUGAAGAAAAAGAAAAGUAAGAGCAAAGGUCCCAUAGAAAGCAAUGGGUUUUUGGACCCGGUAGCUCGGCCAAGGAAGAAAACUGGGGAUGGGCUGGUUAUUUAUACAGAAGAGGAGUUGGGGAUUGGGAAGGCAGAUGGUGGAGAUGUUCCUUUUAUGAGGAUUCCUUUCUUUAGAAUUCAUGUAGAUCCUUCAAAAAAGGCACUAUUUGGUGCCAUGCCAUGA